AUGGACGACGAACUACUAUUUGGAGAAUUGAACAAAUUAGAAAAUUACGGAACGCACAAAACUACUGCUUUCUAUUAUGAAAUGACUUGUUUAGAUGAAAGAUUGAGCGAUUCUGAAAUAAAUAAAAGAUUAGAAGAAAUGGAAGAAGAACCUCAUAAAUCGGAAUUACUGCCUUUAUACUGGCAAGCGUACAGAAAUGAAGAACAAAAAUAUCUGCUCCACAAACUCGUAAACCCAAGAACCAGCCAACCCAUUAAAACUGUCCAAAAAUAUAGCACGACCUGGAAGAAGUGUGCAAAGGUAGUUCGCAAUAAUUUUACAAAACAACAUGAACAUGUUAAUGAUGUAUUUUAUACAAUGGUUUCAAAGGAAAAAUUGAGCAGAGAUGAAUUCCAAGAAAUUCUAAAUGACUUUAGAGCUUCAUGGAAAGAUGUCACCCUUAAGACAAAGAACGAAUGUAUGGCCAUUCUUGAAGCGCGACCUAUCUCAGAGUUCAAGUUCUCGAAGUACGCGAGUUCAGGAUUCAUUGCUGAGGGUGAACAUUAUAAUAUUAUAGGGUUCUUUGCGUAG